AUGCAGCACUCUGUCACCACGCCCGAUAUGCCCAGUGACGUCGACAGGAGCCUAGAGGCCAAGGAGAAGCCUCAAGAAGAAGAACAGCCAGAGGCAGAGGGGGAGAAAACGGAUGACGAUGAUGAGCGAGAGCCGAUGUACGACAACACCGAUUAUGACCACGUACGUUUUGACCCAAUUUGGUAUGGGGACUACCCGGGGGACGAGAUGCCGCUCGAGAUAGCGGAGUACCUUGGGGAGAACCUAGAAUACGCACACGUUCACCAGAUGGUCGGAUCAUCCCGGACGAUCUUCCACAUGUGUGGUCGGCCUGAUGUGGUGCGGAUGAUCGACGAUCCAGCCUAUGUCAUUGACGAUGAAAUUGUGGCUGUCCCAAUCGGAUGUUUCCCCGUCUCCUUUCUUCUCUCGCGCUACCAGGAUGAAGGCAUCUUUCCCUGGGACCAUGUACCCGGACUGGAGAGUGGUGCAGUGAAAAAAUGCUCGAUCCCUGCCUCGGUUACAGAGACGGUGGCAGCGCAAGAGCUUAAGGCCCUUUAUCCUUUCUCACGACCAGUGACUAGUGGUGAGACAAUCAAGGUAGUGCGAGUCCAGCAUAAUCGAAACUUUAACAAAUUUGAGAAGGAUGUGACUGCUCGUUUCGCGGAUGGCCUUCUGCAGCGAAAGGAUACGUUAUUUCGAGGGCUGACCCUGUUGGCUCUCGAGAAAUGCUUGGCCUUCUUCCUCCCCGUUAUAAGGUCAACCAACGCGGACAACGAGUUUGGGCCAGGGAUCUAUACCACGGGGGAUCUGGCCACAGCCAAGGAUUAUGCAGGUAGAGCCGGUGCCAUCAUGGUCUUUAGUACACCUGACGAGCGGCCUCUGAACUGUUGGGAACCCACGGGCGAUGAGUGGAGACGAUUGACCGCGCGGUGGCUUGGCCUAUCAUUGUCCGAUACAGACCUCUCUCCGGCCUAUUAUGAGGCGGAUGUCAUUAAAGGGGCCAUGUCAGCAGAUCAAUCCAAGGGACAGAGGCAGAACCGGUUUUUGACCCCUGGCAACAUCAAGCAGCAAGCUUUUGUCUCGUACCGUGGGUGUGAGAGCUUGAGACGAGAACUGAAGGCCAUCAUCUUCAUCGAGUCGUCUAAAUGA